UGUCCUGUGGGAACCAGGAAGUCAAUCAUAUCUGAGAAGUCAAACUGCUGCUACAGUUGCAUUGCCUGCCCCAAAGGAGAGAUGACCAUGACACCGGAUGAUGCUGCAUGUGAGAGGCGCCCUGAGGACGAGUGGCCUGAUAUGGAGAAGAGCUGGUGCAUCCCCAAAAUGCUUGACUUCGUCUCCUACCAUGAGCCCCUCGGUGCAGUGUUGGCUGUCUGCACAGCCCUGCUCUUCCUCCUUGCCCUGGCCAUCUUAGGCAUCUUCAUCCGGCACCACCACACCCCCAUCAUCCAAGCCAGUAACCACCAGCUCAGCUAUCUUUUGUUGUCCUCCUUGGUCUGCUGUUUCCUCGGCCCCUUCCUGUUCAUUGGGCACCGAAGGCCCUUCACGUGUGCUGUGCGCCAGGCAGCUUUUGGGGUCACCUUCGCAACCUGUGUGUCCACUGUCCUGGCCAAGCCCGUCGUGGUCCUGGCAGCCUUCCAACCACCUGACAAACUUGUGUGCACUCUGGGUGAUCUGAUGGCCCCCACGGCCUGUGAGCUCUACGGAGCCUGGGACCACGAUGAUGGUAAAGUGUGA